GUUCGCAGGGACGUCACGUCCGCACUUGAACUUGCAGCUCAGGGGGGCUUUUGCCAUUUUUUUCAUCUCUCUCUCUUUCUCUCUCUCUCCCCCUCUAUCUCUCCUCUCUCUCUCUCUCUUUUUUUUUUUUGCUUAAAAAAAAAAAGCCAUGACGGCUCUCCCACAAUUCAUCUUCCCUGCGCCAUCUUUGUAUUAUUUCUAAUUUAUUUUGGAUGUCAAAAGGCACUGAUGAAGAUAUUUUCUCUGGAGUCUCCUUCUUUCUAACCCGGCUCUCCCGAUGUGAACCGAGCCGUCGUCCGCCCGCCGCCGCCGCCGCCGCCGCCGCCCGCCCCGCAGUCCACCAUGUCUCGCCGCAAGCAAGGCAAACCCCAGCACUUAAGCAAACGGGAAUUCUCGCCCGAACCUCUUGAAGCCAUUCUUACAGAUGAUGAACCAGACCACGGCCCUUUGGGAGCUCCAGAAGGGGACCAUGACCUCCUCACGUGUGGGCAGUGCCAGAUGAACUUCCCAUUGGGGGACAUUCUUAUUUUUAUCGAGCACAAACGGAAACAAUGCAAUGGCAGCCUCUGCUUAGAAAAAGCUGUGGAUAAGCCACCUUCCCCUUCACCAAUCGAGAUGAAAAAAGCAUCCAAUCCCGUGGAGGUUGGCAUCCAGGUCACGCCAGAGGAUGACGAUUGUUUAUCAACGUCAUCUAGAGGAAUUUGCCCCAAACAGGAACACAUAGCAGAUAAACUUCUGCACUGGAGGGGCCUCUCCUCCCCUCGUUCUACACAUGGAGCUCUAAUCCCCACGCCCGGGAUGAGUGCAGAAUAUGCCCCGCAGGGUAUUUGUAAAGAUGAGCCCAGCAGCUACACAUGUACAACUUGCAAACAGCCAUUCACCAGUGCAUGGUUUCUCUUGCAACACGCACAGAACACUCAUGGAUUAAGAAUCUACUUAGAAAGCGAACACGGAAGUCCCCUGACCCCGCGGGUUGGUAUCCCUUCAGGACUAGGUGCAGAAUGUCCUUCCCAGCCACCUCUCCAUGGGAUUCAUAUUGCAGACAAUAACCCCUUUAACCUGCUAAGAAUACCAGGAUCAGUAUCCAGAGAGGCUUCCGGCCUGGCAGAAGGGCGCUUUCCACCCACUCCCCCCCUGUUUAGUCCACCACCGAGACAUCACUUGGACCCCCACCGCAUAGAGCGCCUGGGGGCGGAAGAGAUGGCCCUGGCCACCCAUCACCCGAGUGCCUUUGACAGGGUGCUGCGGUUGAAUCCAAUGGCUAUGGAGCCUCCUGCCAUGGAUUUCUCUAGGAGACUUAGAGAGCUGGCAGGGAACACGUCUAGCCCACCGCUGUCCCCAGGCCGGCCCAGCCCUAUGCAAAGGUUACUGCAACCAUUCCAGCCAGGUAGCAAGCCGCCCUUCCUGGCGACGCCCCCACUCCCUCCUCUGCAAUCCGCCCCUCCUCCCUCCCAGCCCCCGGUCAAGUCCAAGUCAUGCGAGUUCUGCGGCAAGACGUUCAAAUUUCAGAGCAACCUGGUGGUGCAUCGGCGCAGCCACACGGGCGAGAAGCCCUACAAGUGCAACCUGUGCGACCACGCGUGCACACAGGCCAGCAAACUGAAGCGCCACAUGAAGACGCACAUGCACAAGUCGUCCCCCAUGACGGUCAAGUCCGACGACGGCCUCUCCACCGCCAGCUCCCCGGAACCCGGCACCAGCGACCUGGUGGGCAGCGCCAGCAGCGCGCUCAAGUCCGUGGUGGCCAAGUUCAAGAGCGAGAACGACCCCAACUUGAUCCCGGAGAAUGGGGACGAGGAGGAAGAGGAGGACGACGAGGAAGAGGAAGAAGAGGAGGAAGAGGAGGAGGAGGAGCUGACAGAGAGCGAGAGGGUGGACUACGGCUUCGGGCUGAGCCUGGAGGCAGCGCGCCACCACGAGAACAGCUCGCGGGGCGCGGUGGUGGGCGUGGGCGACGAGGGCCGUGCCCUGCCCGACGUCAUGCAGGGCAUGGUGCUCAGCUCCAUGCAGCACUUCAGCGAGGCCUUCCACCAGGUCCUGGGCGAGAAGCAUAAGCGCGGCCACCUGGCCGAGGCCGAGGGCCACAGGGACACAUGCGACGAAGACUCGGUGGCCGGCGAGUCGGACCGCAUAGACGAUGGCACUGUUAACGGCCGCGGCUGCUCCCCGGGCGAGUCGGCCUCGGGGGGCCUGUCCAAAAAGCUGCUGCUGGGCAGCCCCAGCUCGCUGAGCCCCUUCUCCAAGCGCAUCAAGCUCGAGAAGGAGUUCGACCUGCCCCCGGCCGCGAUGCCCAACACGGAGAAUGUGUACUCGCAGUGGCUCGCCGGCUACGCGGCCUCCAGGCAGCUCAAAGAUCCCUUCCUUAGCUUCGGAGACUCCAGACAAUCGCCUUUCGCCUCCUCGUCGGAGCACUCCUCGGAGAACGGAAGCUUGCGCUUCUCCACGCCGCCCGGGGAGCUGGACGGAGGGAUCUCGGGGCGCAGCGGCACGGGAAGUGGAGGGAGCACGCCCCAUAUUAGUGGUCCGGGCCCGGGCAGGCCCAGCUCAAAAGAGGGCAGACGCAGCGACACUUGUGAGUACUGUGGGAAAGUCUUCAAGAACUGUAGCAAUCUCACUGUCCACAGGAGAAGCCACACGGGCGAAAGGCCUUAUAAAUGCGAGCUGUGCAACUAUGCCUGUGCCCAGAGUAGCAAGCUCACCAGGCACAUGAAAACGCAUGGCCAGGUUCUUCACACACCCCCGUUCGGCGUAGUACCCAGAGAGCUCAAGAUGUGUGGCAGUUUUCGGAUGGAAGCUCGAGAGCCCUUAAGUUCUGAGAAAAUUUGAACCCCCAGGGGCGGGGUGGACGUGUGCCGCCCAGCCGACAUCUGCGUGGUCUGUCAUCCUGCUAGUUUGUGAUGUUUUCUGACAGUAGCCUCCAAGAAGCCGUUGUGCGAAGACAGAGUCCUGCAGCGUCCUUCCUACCUGGGCCUGCAGUGCCAUUUUAUUUAUAUUUUUUAAUAAAAAGUAAAAACAAAAAAACAGACCCACAUUGGAACAGUGAAUCAGUCCCAUAUUGAGGGCCCAUGGACCAUCGCUGUCCUGAGUGCCGUCCUGGCCCUUCUGAGACCAGCCAACCUAAUUCCCCGUAUUGUGGAAAUGCGCAUGAGUCCCCCAGACCCCUUGUUUCUAUACAUUCUAUGUUGUCUUUUAAAAAGUGUGCUUAACAUUGACACAAUAAAUGUUGGAGCUUUA